GUACAGGCUUGGCCCUUCCCGCCAUGUUGUUGCAGUUGAGCAUCCUCGAAGACGGCCAAGUCAGUGUGGAGUUCCGCGCACGCAACCACAAGGUGUUACAACUGCCUUCCUUGGCUCCGUCCUGGAGUUCGCCUUCACCUGUCACUAACGGCGCUAGACAGUUACGUUCAGAUUCCCGAGAUCGGCCCUUGAGUCAUUGGGCCGGUGAUGGCCUUCGAGGAGGGCUGUAAACACAAACAGAAUGUUUCCCGGAGGCCACAAGACCAUCUGGGACCUGCAGCCUUCGCAAGGAGAAACACCGGCGUGCGUGUGCGUGCCUGUGUAUGUGUGUGGGUCCGUCGGUGUUGGGUUUCAGCAAGAGCGUCGACUCCUUACAUCAGCCACCGGAGCGCAGCAAGAACGUCGAAUGAUUACAUCAUCUGCCCCUCGCUGAAAGAACACCCGGAAAUUGCAUCAGCCGCCCCUGCACUUCGGACACCUCAUGAACACUUGAACACCGAGGAAGGCCCCUCUCUUUCAGAGGGCCUUCUCGCCCUCGGAGGGCUAUAUAACUUAGGAUUGGGGAGCCCGAAAUCGCCGAUUGCCGACUAACCACUCGACCAUGCUACUUGUAUAUUAACUGUAUAUAAAAGUUCUACUUCAGUACUCCCACUCCAGGCCUGUUUCCUCGGGGCCAUGCUAGCAGCGAGCCACAGCCCCGCCCUUGGUUCCGCGCCUGAGGUCGUCACCGUCCCGAACGCAACAAAGGUGACCCGGGUGCUGCGCGUCUCCUCUGACGGCACCCGUGUGGUCUUCUACAAGCCACCGCUCGGCUGGCACCUCUCCAGGGAAGGGGUGGCCCCGGCCCCACCCCAAGGCGCUCUGGUGCACUCCUGGGACGCCCUGCCCCAGGCGCUCUGGGCGAAGUAUGCGUGCGCGGCAAAGUUCGUGUCAUUGGUGCGGCAGAAGACGCCCAAGAUCAUCCUGUACGCGGAGUACGCGCUCUGCAUCCUUCUGGGCAGCGGCGACCUUGAAGCUAGCUUCUACUCUGGGGCCAGGGUGGUUUGCAGCGGGAACCAUGUCCAGCUGAUGGACGUCGGCGGGCCGCAGCGCCACCUGACGCUUCCUGUCGAUCCCCAGAUGCUUCCUCCAUCGCAGCGCUCACUAUGGCAGAUCACUUGCGAGGAUGCCGUCCGUUGGUACCUCAAUGGUAAAGUUGUGAAAAAUGUCCGUAUGCAGUAG